CAAUAAGUUUUGAAAUCAACGAAUCUUUAAAUCUAAUAGUGUUUCUCUGUCCGCUCCAAGAAUACUUAAUAGCUAAUAUAUUAGUCAUUAUUCGUCUGACAUGUUCUCCAAUGUCUUUCCCACCUUGUCGUUUUAUAACAGUUUUCUUGGAAGCAAAAACAUAUUUCUUAGUUUUUAUAAGGAAAAAUUUGAUAAAAAAUUACACACAUGCGCACGCACACGCCCACACAUACAGAUUGUUUGAUGUAAAUAUGUUGCUCAAUGUACUGUGAAAGUGGUGCAAAUAUCCCUGAAUUGAUCCCAUUUCGUUAUUAAAAUUUAUUCAUUUAAAAUGUGCAUGACUUUGGACUAUCGCACACAAAAUGCAUAGAACAUAAACAUAACGUAGCAUAAGCAUAAAAAAGAUAUGUAACCUACACAAAUGUACAUAGACAUAAAUGGUCUGUUCUUUUCAGCUGCACUAUGAAAGUUUUGGCCAAUCAGAAUUGAGGAACAAUAAUUGCCAUUGGAAAACAUAUUCCUAACCUAAAUAUUACUAAUAUGUGUCAAAUUUGUGCAGAACUCGCGACGUAGGUGUUUAACACUAAAAUAAUUAAACAACAUAUUUUAUAAAAAAAGAUUUGUUAAAAUGGAUACGUAUUAUUAUAUUUACACCGCGAUAAUAUCAGCAAGUUAUUUAUUUUUGCGAAAGCGUAAGCAAAUAAAAAAAAAACGAUUAUGAAUACGACCUAUAAAUGUACGUCGACCACUAUUUGGUGAUUUCCAACAUCUUUUUCAAGAACUGAAAGAAGAUAGGACAAUGUUCUUCAAAUAUACGAGAAUGAAUCUGUUCACUUUUAAUAAGCUAUUAGAUAUAUUACGAUCUCACCUAGAGAAAAGAAAUUGGAGAGCAUUACCGGCAGAACAGCGGCUUAUUAUUAUACUCAGAUUUCUUGCAACAGGAGAUCAAGUGUCUUCAAUUGCAUUUGCACAUCGAAUAGAUGAAUCCACUGUGUACAAAAUUAUUAAAGAAACAGCCACAGUGACAGUAAAAGUUUUAAGUCCCAUGUAUUUAAAGCCACCGAAAAAAGAAAACUGGAAGAAAAUAGCUGCUGGAUUUUGGAACAAUUGGAAUUUUCCCAAUUGUAUCGGAGCGAUCGAUGGGAAACAUUUUAUUAUCAAAGCACCUCCAAACUCUGGUAGUUUAUUUUUUAAUUAUAAAAAAAGCUUUAGUAUUGUAUUAUUAGCAGCAUGCGAUGAUCAAUAUAAAUUUACGUUAGUAGACUGUGGUGCAUAUGGCAGCGCAAGCGAUGGUGGAAUAUUUGCACAAUCAGAAUUUGGAAAGUGCUUAAAUAAUAACAAUUUUAAUAUACCUAUAGAAAAUAUUCAGUUGCCUCUAUCAGAUAUAGAGAUGCCAUAUUAUUUUGUUGCUGAUGAGGCAUUUCCUUUAUCGAAACGAAUUAUGCGACCUUAUCCUGGACAGUUUUUGAAUGAAAAAAAGUCUAUUUUUAAUUACCGAUUAUCAAGAGCUAGACGUAUUAUUGAGAAUUCAUUUGGAAUUCUAGUCUCAAGAUGGAGAAUUUUUCAACGUAGUAUAUGUUUAAACCCAGAACAUAUAGAUACAAUAAUAAUGGCUGCAGUAAAUUUGCAUAAUUUUUUAAUGACAGAAAAUAACAGUGUAACAGACGAAAACAUUUAUUGUCCUCUAAAUUAUGUUGAUAGUGAAGACAACAUUGGAAAUAUUACACAAGGUGCAUGGAGGUUUAGUUUAAAUAAUGUAAAUAAUUUGCGACGUACGAAUAUACACAGAGCAACAAGAGAAGCCUAUGUCCAACGAGACACUCUAUGUGAAUAUUUAUCAUCACCACAAGGUGAAGUACCAUGGCAAUUGGAAUAUAUUCAUAGGGGAUAUAACAGAGAUAUACAAUAAAAAUAUUAUACAAUAUUUUCAUUAUUUGACCUUUUAGUUGAGAUUUUUGAGUUCCGAAUUUUUUUUUAAUUGACAUGCAACUGCUUUUGCAAAAAUGUCAUCUUCAUCCAUUGCAUCAAAGAAUGUUACAUUUGGAGCUUUG